AUGGUCCCCUCUCCUCGCCAAUUUCUGGCCGCCCUGCUCGCGGGCGGCGCCGUUGCCAACCACAACCACCCACCACCCUACCAUCUCCUGCCCGAGAUGCCAGUCCAAGACUACCAAUACCCGCGCUUCAGUCGCUCAGCUGAGCAGUGUGACAUUUCCAGUCCCUGCUCGCCAGCCCAGCUUCUUCCCAUGGGCUCCCACAGCGAGGGCUGGGCUUUCUGCGGCGCCGCGUUCAAGGAGGGCAUCCUGCCCAAGUCUCUGGAGCUCGAGGGCCAUCAUGCCAUCGAGGCAAUCACCGUCUCCUACACCGACGGUACAAAGUCCCGCUUCGGUCGGGGAUUCGACCAUGAGGGCAUGCUCGAGAAACCCACCACCGCGACUCUGGACCUGGAUCCACUGAAGGAUCGCAUUGAGUACGUGGCCUGGUACCCCCACAAGGACGGUGGCAUUGGCGGUCUCGAGAUCUACGUUUCGGGAGGAAAGAUGCUUGUCUGGGGCCCAAAGUACAUCAAGUACAGGCAGCCCGCCAUGGCGUACAAGCCUUCGGGCGGCAUGCUGCUCGGCAUCCAGGGCACCGCCGGCAAUGAUCUCCACAGCUUUGAUCUCAUCACGACCAAGUCCAAGAUCACGGCCCUGCGUGUCGAGAACAUCACCGUCACCCCCAAUGCGGGGGAGCUGAAUGCGCUCCACGACAAGGGUCUCCAGGAGGAGCACAAGGCCGUCAGCCGCCACACCCAGGAGGAAUUUGGCGCGCCUGCCAAGGACUCCGUCUCCAUGAGUGUCAGCUUUUCUGUUUCCGACUCGACGAGUCUGCAGAAGACGAGCUCGGAUGCCUUUUCGACUACCGAGUCAAUGUCAGAGACGCUCUCAUUCACCGCAGGGUUUUCCACCAUGAUACCUACCAUUGGCACUCCCUCUGUUGGCGUGACCUAUGCCGCAACUCAUGGGCAAAGUGUCACAUGGUCGAAUACGAAAACCUCUUCGAUUACCUUCGGCACGGCCAAGACCGUGAGCGUGACGUACUCGUUCUCCGCGGAGGCGGUCCCCAACACGGAGGUACAGUGCGAUGUAUGGCACUGGAAGCCAGCGGCCAGCACCGAGAUCAAGUGGUACGGCGACUCCGUCGUCCAUUUCGAGGACAAGCAUCUCUGCUGGAGCUGGCUGUCGCAGGGUAUUUACCACCCUGCCGACGACAAUGCCUUCAAGUCGCGCUGCCGCCGCCGCUGGCUCAACGAGACCUCGCACGAGGGGAAGCCAAAGGCCGGCAAGGAGGAGGACAUUGAGGUCGACGUUUCCUCCAGUAUUUAUGGACGCGACCUCAAGAUUGGUGACUGGUUUGAGAUUGACGAGUAUUCCGUCACCCAGGAGUUCGACUACGACCUUUGA